AAAAAAAAUUCCACCAAACCAACUCAGCUGUGUUCCUAACCUAACAUUAUGUAACGAAAUGUUCGUCCUCCAACACCAAGGACUUUUUUCCAAAUUAUCGUGAUCCAAAUCCGUGCUGUGCGCAAUGUUUAUCAUCCGGAAGAUCCCAAAUAUUCCUGUGAAUAGUGCAAAGCGCCUCAUCCACGUUUGUGCCAUACCACAGAAUCUUGCAAAGCAGCUGAGUGAAAGUGCUUCAGGUGGACCAGUUCAGGAGCUCGAUAGGCGGAUUCAGGCCGGGGAAUUAUCCCCGGAUAGCCAUCAACAGCAAGUCACGGAAGCCCUUCAGCAUAUUUACGAUGAAAUUCAAUCGUACACACCUGCCAUUGGGACAUCCGGAGGGUUUUUCCGCUUCUUCCAGAAGCAGGAGAAAGCCGUGGCUCCAAAGGGAUUGUACGUGCACGGAAGUGUUGGAGGAGGGAAAACCACCCUCAUGGAUCUCUUCUUUGACUGUUGCACUGGGAUUGAGCAGAAGCGUCGUGUUCACUUCAAUUCCUUCAUGACGGAAGUCCACUCGAAGAUUCAUACAGUGAAGAAGAGUCAGGAACUCGUGUAUAGUCGCGAUGAUAAACCAAAGCCCUUCGAUCCCACCAAACCCGUCGCGGAUAGCAUUGCCCGGGAUUCAUGGCUCAUUUGUUUCGAUGAAUUCCAAGUUACCGACAUUGCUGAUGCGAUGAUCCUGAAGCGCCUCUUUACGCAUCUCUUCAACGACGGCAUCGUCAUGGUGGCCACGAGUAAUCGUGCUCCGGAUGAUCUGUACAAGAAUGGGCUGCAGCGCAGCAACUUUGUUCCCUUCAUUGGUAUCCUCAAAUCCCAUUGUGACGUCAUUUCCCUGGACAGUGGCAUCGAUUAUCGAGCUCUGGCGCUCAAGGGGGACGGACAGGGAUACUAUAUCAAAUCUCCAGACAAUGAUGAUGCGUCAAAAGCCAUGGAUCGCAUGUUCAAGAUUCUCUGCUCGCAGGAGAAUGACAUCAUCCGGCCCAAGACGUUCACGCACUUGGGCCGUAAUCUCAAUUUCAGCAAGACAUGCGGACAGAUUCUCGAUACAACAUUCGAGGAAAUUUGCGAGAGAGCUCUGGCGGCGAGUGAUUACCUGCAAAUUGCGCAGUUCUUCCACACAAUCCUCAUUCGUGACGUACCGCAGUUGAAUAUGCAAAAGAAAUCACCCGCAAGGAGGUUUAUCACCCUCAUUGAUACGCUCUACGACAAUCGCGUGCGCGUCGUUAUCUCCUCCGAUGUGCCGUACAAGAAGCUCUUCUCCGCGGAAGCAUCGCAAGAUCAUCUCGAUGAGCAUCGAGUGCUGAUGGAUGAUUUGAACAUCAAGAUUGGCACAACGGAAUCCACCUCCAGCAUCUUCACGGGCGAAGAGGAACUCUUUGCCUUCGAUAGGACAAUGUCGCGCCUGGCGGAGAUGCAAACGCCCGAAUAUUGGAAUCAAUGGGAGAAGCAUAGAUAAAUUUUAAUUAUUUAAACUAAAUACAAAGAAAAAUCCCAUCUGUACUUAUUCUACAGGUUUAAUGUAAAAAAUAAUAAUUUCCGUGUUCUCUCUGUCGCAAAUUAAUUUAUUUUUUAAAUAAAUUGAAAGUUAUUUAUUUUUUUAGCACAAUUUACAACAAAUUAUAAUUGUAAAGAAAUAGGAGAAAUAGUUAGAAAAAUUGACCGCAGUAUUUUUUCUUUUGUGAAUUAAUUUUUCCUUUGUAAAAAAAAUAAUAAUGAGAGAAUAAAACAAGGUGAUACCGAAGCAAUAAA